GAAGUGGCGGUUGAUCUGGGUCCGCACCUUUUCCGGUAACACAGCACCGCCACCGCUGUGACUGAAAGGCUGGAGAGAGAGGGUGAGGAAGAGAGACAGAGAGCGGCAAGAGCGGGGAGAAACGGCCCGGGGACUGGGGGAUGAUCGCCGCAGACGUAGGGGGAAGAGAAGAAAGUCGGAUGAAUCAAUGACCUUUUGAGCGCUCUUGCUCUUGAUGUCCCGGAGCAGAAACGGACCGGAGAGCUCACAUUUUGGCGUGUUGUAAGAAGAAAAAACGCCGUGCUUUGAAAAUUCAUCGACUGGGAUUGGCUAAGGGCAAGUGUGGACAGCCGGUAGCCAAGGAGGAAGUGGGAACCCCGGGCUUGGACUGGGCCUGAUUUAUAUAGUAGGCUGUUUUUUUCUGUACCAAGUCCAGCUCCACUGAGAGUAACUGGAUUUUUUGAAGGAGAAAAAAAGAAAUGUGGAUUUUGAAGAAAGUCUGCGCUCAUCGGCUAGUUUGAAACAAGGGGAUGUCAUUUUUUCUUCUUACGUCGGAGGGCACUGGAUCAUAAAAAUAUAUCCCCACCCAAUUCUGCGAGGGCUACACACAUAUCUCUCCCACUGAAUGCUCAGAGUCACCCGCUCAGGUCAGAUCACCACAGUCCAGCUAAUAGUAGUAGUCUUUUUCUGUACAAACUUGAAAGUCACUGCCUUUCUGAAUAUUGACACUUGUGUCAGCCCACCGCUGCCAUCACGUGGAGGGCUCUCAGCACACACUGAAACUGUGACUUCUCAGUUGUAGUGAAAACAACUUAUUUCUCUCAAUAGAGAAAUCUUGUUUUUUUCUGCUCACAAAGUAUUUAUGCACAGCAAACAAGAUGGGGAAAAUGCUGUCAAAGAUCUUUGGCAACAAGGAGAUGAGAAUAUUGAUGCUUGGACUUGAUGCUGCUGGUAAAACUACCAUCUUGUACAAGCUGAAGCUGGGACAGUCAGUCACCACCAUCCCCACAGUCGGAUUCAACGUGGAGACCGUUACCUAUAAGAAUGUGAAGUUCAACGUCUGGGACGUGGGGGGCCAGGACAAGAUCAGACCGCUUUGGAGACAUUACUACACUGGCACCCAGGGCCUGAUUUUCGUGGUGGACUGUGCCGACAGGGACAGGAUCGACGAGGCGAGGCAGGAGCUCCACCGAAUCAUCAACGACCGGGAGAUGAAGGACACCAUCAUCCUGAUCUUCGCCAACAAACAAGACCUCCCAGAUGCCAUGAAACCCCACGAGAUCCAGGAGAAGCUAGGCCUGACCCGGAUCAGAGAUAGGAAUUGGUACGUUCAGCCCUCAUGUGCGACAACAGGGGAUGGACUAUACGAGGGCCUGACCUGGCUUACCUCAAAUUACAAAUCUUAAUGUUUCCUCCCCUUCACCAGCCUGGACACUUGGAGGCAAACAAAAAAAAGUAGCUGAGAAUGAAAACAGGAGUAAAAAAAAUGCAAUCUGAAGCAAUUAAUACCAGGACCUCUCUGCUGAGUAUAUAUGCAAGAGAGUAGCAAUUAUAUUUUGUUUUCUUUUGAUAAUGAUAACUUCACUAUAACCCCAGAUUUCAUUUAAACAAGAGACUAUUGUCUUUUUUGCCUGGCUUUCUUUUUUUCUUUUUCUUUUUGUAGUUUGCUUUGGUUCACCUUCUGUAUAAUCAAGUACUGUUUAAAUAUACAAUAUGCUUACUUAUGGGCUCUUGGGACAAAUUCUUUGGUUUUCUAACUUUUUCAUAAUUUCUCUCAGUAUUAGUAUCAUUUCUUUUAGGGGACUUUGAUACACACACUCAUAGUUUAGCCCCUGCUUGUUCUCUCGGCCCAUAUUCACAUGACCCAGCUACAUAUCCAAAGGAUGGGGAAGUCCAGAAACCAUCGCCUACGUCACCAUAAUUGUAAUUUGUAUGAAUGUGUAUUAUGGAUAUGUAAGGACCAAAAAAAAACAAAAAACAACUGUUUUCAUAAUUGAUUGUACUGGGAGGACUGAGGAAAACGUGUGAUCCUGUGCAGUGAUUACAUCCAUCACACCUACUGUGGCGGUUUGUUUGAAAGACACCAUGUUGGGUGCUGGAUAUUCACACACACACACACACACACACUGUGAUAUGGAUAUAUACUUUUGUUGUUUCAGGGUCUGAAUCUGUUACCACCAGUCGUAUUACUGCCUCUUUUUUUUCCCCAGAGCUUCCAUUACUGUUGGGUAUUUGUUUCAGCUGCCUUAGGUUACAGGUGCCCCAAAAUCAAGACAGUUAGUACGACAGAAGGUCUGCUUAACUGCUGAGUUUGCACUUUCGGGUGGGGAGGGGUGGGUUACCAACUAGCUGGCUUUUGAUUUUCUGUGAGUGACUUUUGGACCCUAGCAAGUACUUAUUCCCAACCCCCCCACCACCUCCAAUGUAGGUGCUUCAUUGACUGCAACCCUCCUCUUCUUCUUUUCUUUUUUUACCCAUCAUCAUCUGCCUGUACACUUUAAGGUCCUGCAGACACACACCAACUUUCUGUUCAUAGUUCAUAGAUAUUGCUCUGUUUUAUUUUUGUUGCCCUUUUUUCUUAUUUUGCUUCUAUGCUGAUGAAAUAAUAAAAAGAAUAUAUCCAGAUCA